AUGGGUGGAGAUAAUGAGACCAUGGUUGCAGAAUUCCUCCUCCUGGGACUCUCUGGAAAGUCAGAUCAAGAGGAGAUUGUCUUUGGGUUGUUCUUGGGGAUGUACAUGGUCACCAUCUCUGGGAACCUUCUCAUCAUCCUGGCCAUCUGCUGUGACCCUCAUCUCCACACACCCAUGUACUUCUUCUUAGCCAAUCUCUCCAGUGUCGACAUCUGCUUUUCUUCAGUCACCAUCCCCAAAGCGCUGGUGAAUCAUGUGUUGGGAAGCAAGUCCAUCUCUUACAUGGAGUGUAUGACCCAGAUCUAUUUCUUUAUCAUAUUCAUCAACAUGGAUGGCUUCCUCCUGAGUGUGAUGGCCUAUGACCGCUAUGUGGCCAUUUGUCACCCACUCCACUACACCCUGAUGAUGAGGCCCAGACUCUGUGUCCUUCUGGUGGUCCUAUCGUGGGUCAUCACGAACCUUCAUGCUCUCUUGCACACUCUCCUCAUGGUUCGACUCACCUUCUGCUCCCACAAUGCAGUGCGGCACUUCUUCUGUGACCCCUACCCUAUCCUGAAGCUCUCUUGUUCUGACACCUUCAUCAAUGACCUGACAGCCUUCACUGUGGGUGGGCUCACUUCCAUCACACCGUUCACAUGUAUCACUGUUUCAUAUGCUUACAUCCUCUCCAAUGUACUGAAGUCCCCAUCUAUUCAGCGGAUAAGAAAAGCCCUGUCCACUUGUGGGUCUCACUUCACUGUGGUUUGCCUCUUCUAUGGGGCGAUCCUAGGGGUCUAUAUGCACCCUUCAUCUCCAUAUUCCAUACAAGACACAGUGGCCACGGCCUUUUUCACUGUGGUGACACCCAUGGUCAAUCCCUUCAUCUACAGCCUGAGGAAUCAUGAUGUCAAGGGAGCCCUAAGGAAACUCAUAUUUAGGAGACUCAUUUCAUCAAAAUUCUACAGCUAG